AUGCGCGCCUGCAUACGGGGCUCCGCCCCCACCCGCUCCUGCUCCGGCGGAAUGGCUUGUGCCGCUGUCGCCGACGCCUGCCCUCGCCGUCCCGUCCGCGCUCGGUCGUGCGCUGCGCCGCACCCCAGGCUACGGCCUCCGCGCUGGCUGCCCCGGCCGCACCCCACGCCCGGCUGCCCGGCCUCCGGGCCUCGCCCCGCGCCCCGCGUGCCGUCGCCGCAUGGCCCCGCGCCGUCGGCCGCGCCCCGCGCCCCACGCGCCGUCGGCCGCGCCCCUCGCUCGGCCUCAUCACCGCCCCACCGCUCGGAGCUCGUCAAGGCCCCGCCGCCACUGGGGACAACCGCCGGCUCGAGCAGCCGCGGGGAGCAGCACUUCGGCCGCCUCUUCGGGUGCGCCAUGGCCGCCAUCGACCGCCGCCCUGGCCGCCUGCGCCGGUGA